AUGCUGCGCGCCCCGAUCAAGACGAGUCCGACGACGACCAAUACGUGGCUGCACCGAAAGCUAUAUGCCAUGUCGAAUGUGCUCGCAGCUGCGCUCCAGCCCAAGCCGCAUGCAAUCACGAGCGCAAAGAAGCUUCCGUACGUUGCCCCCGGCCGGUUCCUUGGCGCGGCCUUUGACGAGUUUGAUCUGCCGAGCCCCGACAGCGCCUACACCACCGACGACGAAGACGACGACGAUGCGAACGACGAUGAGAUUCUGCUAUGGGAAGCACCGCAGCCGUCGAAACUCGAAGACAAGCCUGUCGACUACCGCUGGAUGUACGCCGCCGUCGAGAACGAGCUCAGCCAGAGCACGCGAGCUGUCGUGUACCCCGAGGCCUUCCUCGAACGACGUGCGUCCCAAGUCGACGAGCCCACAGCGAGCGACGCGUCCGUGCAAAGCCUCGUCCCCUCCGGCGGCCACGCCCUGGACGACGUUCAGCUUUAA